UGAACUAGAACAAAACAAUAUUUGUUGUUCUCUUUCAUCUUUCUGCCAAGCUUUUUCCUCUUUGUUGGAGCUUGUAAAUGUUAUAAAAUGAAGAAAGUUACUUUUAUUUGUGACAGGUCUUUGGAUAAUCAACUGAACAAGCUUGAACAAAUUGCAGACAGAUCUUCCUUAGUAAAUCACUUGGUACAUGGCUAUGGUCUCAACUCCAAGUUAAUUGUCCUGAAAAAUGUUAUAGCCAAAGACGAUGAAGUGUUAUCUUUCCAUUCAACGGAUUACAUUAAUCACUUGAAAGAUCUAAACGAUGUAAAGGACAUUGACGAACAUGAAGAUAAUGAGGAAGAGUAUGGACUUGGUUAUGACUGUCCCCUCAUCUACGGUAUUUUUGAUUAUGUUAGUGCCGUUGUUGGAAGUUCAUUAACAGCUGCUCGUUCGUUAAUCGAUGGAUCUGCCAACAUUGCUAUUAACUGGUAUGGAGGAUGGCAUCAUGCUCAAAGAGAUGAGGCAAGAGGAUUCUGUUAUGCAAAUGACAUUGUUUGUGCAAUUAAUCUUUUAAGACAAAAAUUUCAACGGGUCCUCUACAUUGAUCUGGAUAUCCACCAUGGUGAUGGUGUAGAAAAUGCAUUUGAAUAUUCACAGAAUGUCCUCACAUUUUCUUUGCACAAAUAUGAAGUGGGAUUCUAUCCUGGCUCUGGAGCAAUAACAGAUGUAGGUAGAGGUAAUGGUAAAUUUUAUUCAGUCAAUGUACCUCUCAAAGAUGGCAUUCGGGAUGAAGCAUACACCAAAAUUUUUAACAGAUUACUGGAAGUCCUAAUGCAGGCUUUUCAUCCAGACACUUUAGUUGUCCAGUGUGGAUGUGACAGUCUAGCUGGAGAUCCCUUGGGCACCUUCAACCUCACACUUAAAGGCUACGGCAAUUGUGUUAAAACUAUACUAUCAUGGCAAAAACCAACAUUGUUUCUUGGAGGAGGAGGGUAUAACAUCACUAAUGCAGCUCGGUGCUGGACUUACUUGACAUCAUUGAUUUUAGGUUGCAACAUUGCUACAGACAUUCCUGAUAAUCAUUUUUUUGAAAGAUAUGGGCCUGGAUUUGACUUAGAUAUAGCAGAGGGUAACAGACCUGACUGCAAUUCAGAAGAUGACAUUGAUAACUGUAUAAGCAUUAUUACAGAUAAUGCUAACAACAUUAAAAGAGCCUGCUGGAACUGAACUGUUUCCCAAGAGAAUGAAGCACAAGGAAUACAUUUAUCAGAAAUCCAUUAUCAAAUAUUCAAUCACUAAUCAAAAAUUUUA